AUGGAUAAUGGUUGCUUCCCUUCUCAACGCCACGAUGCUUUUCCAGCUGGUCUGCGAGUUCUUGUUGUUGAUGAUGAUCCAACGUGGUUGAGGAUCCUUGAAAAGAUGCUCAAGAAGUGCUUUUAUGAAGUGACAACAUGUUGUUUAGCAACAGAGGCUCUAAAAAAGCUUCGCGAAAGGAAAGAUGCAUAUGACAUAGUCAUAAGCGAUGUAAACAUGCCGGACAUGGAUGGUUUCAAACUUCUUGAGCAAGUUGGACUUGAGAUGGAUCUUCCUGUCAUUAUGAUGUCUGUUGAUGGGGAAACAAGUAGGGUGAUGAAAGGUGUUCAACAUGGGGCAUGUGAUUAUCUGCUCAAGCCAAUAAGGAUGAAAGAACUACGAAAUAUAUGGCAGCAUGUGUUUAGAAAGAGGAUACAUGAGGCAAGAGAAUUUGAAAGUCAUGAGGGUUUUGAGGGCAUUCAAUUAAUGAGAAAUGGAUCAGAUCAGUCUGAUGAUGGUAACCUGUUUUCUGUUGAAGAAAUGACCUCAAUGAAGAAAAGGAAAGAUGUAGAGAACCAACAUGAUGACAGAGAAUUGGCAGAUCAUUCUACCACAAAGAAAGCUAGAGUAGUUUGGUCUGUGGAUCUUCAUCAGAAGUUUGUUAAAGCAGUGGAUCAAAUUGGAUUUGAUAAAGUUGGUCCCAAGAAAAUUCUAGAUUUGAUGAAUGUUCCAUGGCUAACUAGAGAAAAUGUUGCUAGUCACUUGCAGAAAUACAGGCUUUACUUGAGUAGGUUGCUGAAGGAAAAUGAGCAGAAAUGUUCCUCAAAUGAAAUAAAAAAUUCAGAUUCACCUUCGAAAGAUCCAGGAAGUUUUAGUUUUCUGAACACAGCAAACAAGCAACAAAGUGAUGUUGCAAUUGAGAGCUUCAAAUAUUCAGAAGGAACUUUACUACUUCAAAUGGAUGCUACAAGUCAUGAAAGUGAUUUCAAGGAAAUUGUCUCUGAGACAACAACAGAAAAAAGGAGAGUUUUAAGUAGUGACAUUCCUGACCCAAAGAUACAAAAAGGUUCACAGAUGGUUCUUAACCAACCUUUUGCAUCUUUGGAGUCAUCAGAAGCAAACCAUGCAAUAUUUGAUUGCAUCAUACCAACACAGUACUCUGGCAAAGAAGUUGCAAAAGCGCCACCCAAAGAAGAACAAAAGACACUAGUUCAAUUGGAGGAUAGCUUCAGUCAAUUACCAUUACACGAUGCACAGCAUCACAUUCAGGUUGAUCAAUCACAAUCAUUUGCUUCAAUUAAUUCCAAUCCUUCUUUAACUAUAACAGAAGAAAAGGUUGCUACCAACUUAGAGACCAAACCUUUAUAUAGUGGUUACACAAGUGAUUAUGUCAGUCCUGUGAGUUCAAUAGGAUCUGCAGUUGAUGCCUUUUCUAAUCAUUCCAAAGGCCUUAGGCUGAAUGAUCAAUCUUCAGAAUCUAUUUUAGCUUCAAAUUUGGGCCUGAAGACACAGGGAUUUAAUCUAGAUUGCAAUACUGAUCUAGAGUUUUAUCAAAGAAACCUACUAUUAGGUGGUGAGGCAGCUUCUGCACCUUUGGAGGAGGACUUGAAUUUCUUUUUGCUACAAGGUGAAUGCUAUAAUAUGAACUUUGGUGGCCGUCAGAACAUAGAGAUGUCAGAGUAUUAUGAUCCAAGGCUUAUCGCUGAAGUUCCUACCCCUUUUUUAUGA